AAUGCUGAUGCAAGAACACCCCACUUUAAAUUCAACGUUUUAAUCAAACCCAACCGGACUUAUAUAAGUAUAGGUAAUCAAACUUCACAAGUGCUUAGUUUGGUGUACCUUUGAGUCGAUACCAAAUACGUGAUACGUUUUGUGUAAUUUGUGACAAGUAGAAAUGGGGGCCGGAAGUGCGACAACAACCAGCAACAGAUCGUUAAAUUUUGGAGCGGGUCCUGCAAAAUUACCUUUGGAGGUUUUGGAGGAAGUGCAAAAUGAGCUAUUAUCCUACGAGGGGUCAGGAAUGAGCAUAAUGGAGAUGAGUCAUAGAUCUAAAGAAUAUGGGAAAAUAAACAGGGACGCUCAAACUGCUGUUCGGGAGCUACUAAAUGUACCGGACAAUUACAAAAUACUGUUCAUUCAAGGUGGGGGUACCGGUGCGUUCGCCGCCGUCGCUAUGAAUUUGUUAAAUAGAACCGGAACGGCCGAUUACUGCGUUACGGGAACUUGGUCAUCGAAAGCUGCUAAAGAAGCGGAGAAGUAUGGCGAGGUUAGACUAGCAUUUCCUGUUCCAAAAAAAUUAGGAAAGAUUCCAGAUCAAUCGACUUGGACUUUAAAUCCUGACGCUUCUUACGUCUAUUAUUGCGCAAACGAAACGGUCGACGGUGUCCAGUUUCACUUUAUCCCAGAAACGAAUGGAGUUCCUCUUGUAACGGACAUGUCGUCGUGUAUUAUGACAGAACAAGUAGAUGUUUCCAAGUUUGGAUGUAUUUUCGGCGGUGCCCAGAAGAACAUUGGUCCUGCAGGAGUAACGGUGGUUAUUAUGAGAGAAGAUUUACUAGGAAAUCCCAUGAAAAUAUGUCCUUCAGUAUUUGACUUCACAAAUGUUAACAAAGAAAAUUCAAUUCAUAACACGCCCGCUACCUUUUCGGUAUACGUUAUGGAGCGCGUUUUCCAAUGGAUUCAGAGGAAUGGGGGCAUUAUUGCAAUGGAAGAGCAGGCAAUCGCAAAGAGUAGUCUGUUAUAUAGUACAAUUGAAAACUCCAAUAAUUUCUAUAGUUGCCCCAUUGAUAGAAUUGCUCGCAGCAAAAUGAACAUUCCCUUUAGAGUAGGGGGUGAAAAUGGUGAUGAGAGGUUAGAAAAACUAUUCCUAAAAGAAACAGAGGAAUUGAGGAUGUUUCAACUCCAAGGCCACAGAUCGGUAGGUGGAAUGCGAGCUUCGCUGUAUAAUGCUGUUACAUACGAAGAUGUGCAAACGUUAGUAAAUUACAUGAAAGAAUUUCAACGAAGACAUGAGCAUAUAUCGACAAUGCAAAUUAGAAAUAGUUAAUUUGGUACGGUUAAGGCAGGUACCUAUAUUGUUGAAUAGUUAAGUAAAUUAUUACAUUUUUAAUUAAUUUAAGUAAAUGGAAAUAGAUUUAAUUAAUAAAUGAUUUAUUACAAAUUUA